AUGGGUGAUGACGAUGAUGAUGGUACCGGUGUUCGGAUCGUCGAAGCAUGGAAUCGCUACACCUCUUCCGAGAUUAGUUGCGGUUUCCCACCGUUAGCGACUUGCUUUCUCCUGUUCCUUUUGGUUCCUGCCCUCCACAGUGGCGUGUCGGCGAAAGGAAUCAAGCAGAAGCGCCUCGUCAUCGAUCUGAGAGAUCCGACCCUGCUGACCGUCACCGAUCCGUCCGUCUACUUUCCCCGCCCAUCGGUUUCCCCCACCUACACCACCUCCACGUCGUCGUACUUCGGAUCACCACAUGCCACCAUCGCUGCCCCAUACGGACACGGACCAACGCGUGUGGUGUCCUCCCUUAAGCCGACGACGCUUUUCAACGGGAACCUGUUCCAGUACUCCAACUAUGGCUCUCCGUUUCCCUUUCUGAGCGGCAACCAUCUGAGUCUGGACGACGAGGAAACGUACAUUGCGGACGGUCGCAUCCUGAAGCAGUACGCCGUGAUGGAAUUCCACGCGGAGGAACGCGAACGCGAUCAACACCAUCAGCACCAGCUGUUGCAUGGUUCGGGUGCUUUCCGGACACCUGCCGGCACGCCCUAUCCCACUACCACGUACUUUAGUAAGUUCAGUCCUGCGAACACGUACGAGCCACUGUAUGGGUCAGCUUUUGCUCCACAACUGCCUCAAUUGCCCACUUUGGUGGACAACUUUAACCCACGAUUCGGUGUCCAACAUGAGCAUCAACGAUCGCCACUACUGACGAAGAACCACGGUCCGAUCGCGCUGGGUUCCGGAUCACUAGGAUACAUCCACGGACCCAAUGGGGUUACCGUUGGAUCGGGUUCGCUCGGGUACAUCAGCCACCAGCAACACCGCGAAACGCUGGCCGAGUUGAUCGAGCGGAAAAAGUCCAAGCACCUGCCUAGCCCGCUGACCUUUGGCCAUAAUCAUAACUGA